AUGCGAUGGAUCAAAUCACGAUGGUCGACCAAUCCCUACUACGCCCUGGUGAUUGCUGUCAUUGCCUGUGGCGGGAUCCCGAAAGGCUAUGACGAGGGUGGUUAUAGCGCCAGCGUCUCCCUCCCUUCCUUCAAGUCCGACUACAACCUCGAUAAACACUUGGGUGUGGACGAAACCGAGCUAGCUAACCGAAAAGCGAAUAUUACCUCCUUUAACGUCCUAGGUGCAGCACUUGGUGCCUUGAUAGUCCUGGAUCUCAAUGAUCGACUUGGGCGCUUGAUGGUGUGGCGCCUAGCAUGCAUCGUGUGGGCAACAGGGACAUUGAUCCAAGUAUUCUCAUCCGCUCCUGCUAGGACGAGAGGUCUGGUGGUGGGGAUAUACAUGGUAUUCUUACUGGCAUUUCUGGCCAUGGGGUUUUUUAUCAACUAUGGCGCCAGGGUCCACAUGGCGACCACACGAACCCAAUACCGCCUAGUUCAGGCCGUGCCUUUAAUUCCCGUCGGCAUCGCAUCUGGUAUUUCAUACCUUUGCCCCGAAACUCCUCGGUAUCUCGUUUCGAAACAUCUUCAUCGGGAAGGCCUGGAGGCUCUGGCACGGCUACGUGGCAGGGCCAUCGAUGAUCCCGAAAUCAUAAAGGAAUUUGCAACUAUCGAUGCACGGGAGCGGGAGCGAGCGACAGACUUAGCGUCUGUCUCUCAUUGGGCUAUGUUCAAGGAGACACAGACGAACCCGAAUUACCGACAGCGCUUCUGGCUACUAAUGGCUAUGCAAACUAUCGCUCAGUGGACUGGCGGGAACGGCAUCACAUACUAUGUAACGAGCAUAUUCCAGUACGCUGGCGUAAAAGGCGACGGAAAUUCCCUCAUCUCAUCCGGCGCCUACGGGAUGGUCAAACUCAUCUUCACCAUGGCCUUCACAUGGGGUCUAAUCGACCUCCUCGGUCGACGUCGCUGCACCCUCGCUGGACUAAGCCUGCAGCUCUGCGCGCACAUCUACAUGGGAAUAUACAUGGGUCUGCGCCCAGGCUCAGCAGAUAACAAAAACGCCUCCAACGCAGCCGUCGCCUCGAUCUUUGUCUACGCCGUCGGCUGGUCCAUCGGCCUCUGCACAGUUCCUUACCUGUACGGCACGGAGAUCUUCCCAACGCGCAUCCGCAACGUCAGCUAUGCUAUUAGUAUGGCGCUGCAUUGGUUCUUCCAGUUUGCUGUUGUGCGAGUUACUCCGAAUAUGCUUGUCUCCCUUGAUGUUUGGGGUGCUUUUCUCUUCUGGGCACUUAUUUGCUUUUCUGGGCUGGUUAUCCUUGGUGUCUGGAUGCCCGAGACGAAGGGUGUUCCUAUUGAGCGCAUGGGGGAUCUGUUUGAUGGGCCGUGGUACCUGCGGUGGCGGGCUAGGUCGAGGGAUUGGGAUCUUGUUUCGCCAACUGAUAUGUCGCAGAACAUUGCGUCGAAAGAUGGUCGUGUUUUGAAGUCCGGUGAUUCGGCCUUGUGA